CUUCAGCUCAAACAGGUCGCUUUUGUUUGUUUGUGUAACUCAAAUAUGUUCGUUCAGUCGCUUCUCUUGGCUGGAUUUAUCAUCUGUCCGCUGAUUCUCAGACUGUUUUUCCCGUAUUUGUGGACAGAUUUUCACUAUCACACGGUUUUGUUGCGUAUUUUACUCAAGUUUGCUUCACGCAGAAGAAGGCGACCUCUGUUUCUCGCGCUGGAUAGAUUUCUCGAGCAGGUCGAAACGCGGCCAAACAAGCCGUUUAUUAUUUUCGAGAAUAAAAGUUACACGUUUAAAGAUGUGGACAGAGAGAGCAACAGAAUAGCGAACGCGUUACGGACUGCGUCGGUUCUGAGACCCGGAGAUACGGCGGUUCUGUUCAUGCUGAACGAGCCCGCGUUUAUCUUCAGCUGGCUCGCGCUGGCGAAACUCGGCUGCGCGUGCGCGCUCCUCAACAGCAGCAUCCGCGCACGGAGUUUGAUUACGAGUUUGAUCAGAUGCUGCAGCGGCGUGAAACUCCUGAUCGCGUCUGCAGCGCUGCAGGGUGCUGUAGAAGAGGUGAGUGAAGAUCUGCAGAAGGAAGGAGUAAAGAUCUUCAUCAUGGCUGAAGAUCUCAAAUCAUCAUGUAUGAAGAGUUUGUCCAGAGCAAUGCAAGAAUCAUCAGACACAGCUGUUCCUCAAAUGCUCAGAGCAAACGUGUCCUUCACUUCACCUGCAGUCUACAUAUAUACAUCUGGAACUACAGGUCUUCCUAAAGCAGCAGUGAUAAAUGAAACGCGCCUGCUCGCCGCUCUCGCCGUGUUAGCGUCUAAUGGCGUAACAGACCGUGAUGUCAUUUACGUGACUCUUCCUCUAUAUCACACAGCGGGCUUCCUCAUCGGCUUCUUGGGCUCUGUAGAAACAGGUUCAACCAUAGUUUUGCGUCGCAAGUUUUCUGCCUCUCAGUUCUGGGACGAGUGUCGAUCACAUAAAGUGACUGUGAUUCAGUAUAUUGGAGAAGUUCUGCGCUAUCUGUGUAACACACCACAGAGAGAGAACGAUAAAGUCCACAGUGUGCGUUUGGCUAUUGGAAAUGGACUUCGGGCAGACGUGUGGAGAGAAUUCCUCAAUCGGUUUGGCAAAAUUGAAGUCAGAGAGUUUUACGCCUCCACAGAGGGAAAUGUUGGUUUUGUGAACUAUGCUGGAAAGAUAGGCGCUAUUGGACGUGUCAGCUUUUUGCACAAAAAACUGUUCCCGUAUGCACUCAUUAAAUACGAUACAGAGCGAGACGAGCCGGUCAGAGACUCCACAGGCCUGUGCAUCGAGGUGCCUAAAGGGCAGACAGGGCUGCUGGUGUCCAAGAUCACAGAAAUCGCUCCGUUUGUCGGUUAUGCUCAAAAUAAGCAGCAAACUGAGAAAAAGAGACUACGCAGUGUGUUUAAGAGUGGCGAUGUGUAUUUCAACAGUGGAGAUUUAAUGAAGAUUGAUAAUGAGAAUUUUAUCUACUUCCAGGAUCGAGUCGGAGACACAUUCAGGUGGAAGGGGGAGAAUGUGGCGACCACUGAAGUCUCUGAUAUCAUUAGUAUGCUGGACUUUGUCGAGGAAGCAAAUGUUUACGGAGUGCAAGUUCCAGGUCACGAGGGACGCAUUGGAAUGGCUGCAGUGAAAAUCAGGGGUGGAAUGGAGUUUGACCGCUGCAAAAUGUUUAACCAUGUCUGUAGUUUCCUGCCUGCUUACGCACAUCCUCGAUUUAUACGAAUUCAGAACUCUAUGGAAGUGACCGGGACCUUUAAACAGCUGAAGCUGAAGCUUGUGCAAGAUGGAUUUGACCCCACGGUGACCUCUGAAUCACUGUACUUUCUGUGUGAGCGAGAGAGAAUGUUUGUAUCAUUAACUUCCUCCAUCUAUGAGCAGAUCUUAUCUGGCAGCAUCAAACUUUGAUUUGUUUGUCCAGUUUGGUAAAUGCACAGGGGAGGUUAGUAUUAUUAUGAUAAAAAUAUUAAAAUCAAUACUAUGGUGUGUUAUUAUUAAUAAUAAUAUUCUAUUCUAUUAUUAUGUAGGUUAAUAUUAUUGAUGUACUAAAGAAGAACAGAUGGUUAGUGUGACAAGUCAAUUUAAAUUGCAGAUUGUGAAAGACUUAAACCCUGUUACUGCUAGCUACUGAUCAAAUGUCUAUCCAUAUAGAGCAGCUGUUUUUCUGUUUGAAUUGAUUAAUAUUUCUAAAUAAACCCGCAGUUUCAGUCAAAUAGAUCAAAAGUACCUCACAUCCAUGUUUAUCUGCAUUUAUUGUCAUUAGUGUGUUGAUGUCUGUGAUCAGUAUUACAGUUUACCUCCUGAAUUCCUGUGAAGCUAUUAAAUUAGCUUUUUUAUAUGUAUGUGUUUUUACUUUUUGGUUGUCAUAUUUAUCUCAAACUUUUUGCU